GAGAGGUCUCUUCAGUCUCAGCUCGGCCAGGCCAAGUAGAAGGCAUACAGUCGGUAGCGUUUGCCGCGUCGUGAGAUACAUUUCCUCUUUUUUUGGUGGUGCCUUCACAUCUCCUGGAUGCUGGAGGUGUGAAGUGUCCCAGAGUGGUGACACUGUGGACAAUAUUUGUCAGGUGCAUAGCAAUCAGACCUGUCUGGUCUGCCCUCCAUCCGUCUAGCUCUUUCUCUUCCAUCUGUCUCCGCCACCUCCUCGUGUUCUGUCUCGCUCUUUCCGUGCUCCGGAAAGAAAAACGCACACAGUGACUUCGGGAAGAUAUCUGAGUGCGCCGUUUCGAGGGGAAAAAUUGCCAUAUAAAUCACUCUGGUGUUGUGUUUUCCAACUCAUCUUUCGGGCUUUUCGUGACGCGACAACGGAGAAACCGUGAGUUGAAGCCUCGAGGCAAGGUGAACACGCACAGCUCGUGAAAAAGGUGCUGCUCCCCGCAUCAACCCAUACCCAAAAAAAAAGUGAUGUGCUAAAAGGUGAUUUGGAUGCUAAGUGAACCCCAAAAAAUUGCACACACUGUGAACUUUCCACAGUUGUCUGUCGUGAGACACAUACACACACUUACCCGACUUUUAUGUAAGACCCACUCCAACACCUGAGACUUUGACAAUAGCUGGCCAAAGUGGAAAACUCCUGAACAGAUUCAAAACAGUGGCUCAACUGACAUUUGGCCACGCGGACUUUCAGAAGUGGGAUUGACUGUGUUCAUCCCCUUCGGAGUUACUCCACGUAAUGGCUUAGCUUGAACUAUGAUCUGAUCCUAAGGAUCAAACACCUGGCCAAGUUACAGGUCUUUUGGAAAUAAAACAAGUGCAAGAAGCUGGGCUAAAACAGCCCCUAUUGAAGCUUCUUCUGACACUAAAAGAGAUGAUGAGGUGUAUAGAAGGAUUCAGGAGAUAAAUAAAAAUUGAGGCAGUGUGGUUAAAUUACGAUUUCCAAACUGUGCAUAAGUGAAUUCCUUUGAAAUAGAUUGAUUGCAAAAGGUGUCUAAUAGCCCUCUAAAUGCUGCCGAGUGCUUAAAAACAUUGAGUGAUUGGUGAUCGUUAAUUCGACGCUUGAGGUGUCCCCAAGUGCUUGUGCGAGGUGCUGAAGAGAUCGCCACGGUGGCCGCUUCGAAGGGGUCUCGGGGGGCCUCCGCGGGCUGCCUUGGCGCCACACAAGACACCACCGGUGGCGAAUCACCCCGUCAGGGCUCUACAGAUGGCCAAAUGCAGCGAUGUGGACUCUGCUCCCUGCUGUCCCGCCUCCUGAGGCGCGCCAUGUGCGUCGGAUCGCGCCGCGGAAGUGGCGAAUCCUACUACCAGGAGCUGGAGACCACUAAAUGCGAAAGAGACGAAGUUAAUGGAAGUUUGGCACCUGAUGUGGCCACAAUGGAGACAACAGACAGCUCAAUCUACAUACGCCUAAUUCGCAUUCUCUUCUCUGCGACAACUACGUCGCGUCGGAUGUCGGACUCUGACAAAGAUCGUCCUCUAUUGGAGGCUCUAAUCAGCGGAGAUGACCAACCACCACCGAAAUUUGAGGGAAGUCCACGCAGGAGACAUGCCUGCAGUGGACGCUUCCUCACAAUGCACAAGAGACGUCGCAAGAAACUCACGACGCGGUGUCUAGUGCAAGAUGUUGCCAUUCUUGAUGACAUUCUCCACGGCCAAGUCCAGUGUAUCCUUAAUCAAGUCGGCAAUUGGCGAUUCAACGCCUUCACCCUCGAAACGGUCACUGGAGGACGAUCACUGCCUGUUCUAUGUGUUCACUUGUUCCAUUGGUACGGCCUAUUGGACCACUUCAACUUAGAUGUAGUUAGGUUAUGGAAAUUGUUCACGCUGAUCGAGGAGGGGUAUCAUAGCACUAACCCCUAUCACAACGCCAUUCAUGCCACGGACGUCACCCAGGCCAUGCAUUGCUUCUUGCAGGAACGAAAAAUCCUGGAGCACCUGGAACCAUUAGAGAUCAUGGCUUCACUAAUUGGGGCCGUGACUCACGAUCUCGACCAUCCAGGCGUCAAUCAACCCUUCCUCAUUGCCACCUCUAACCAUCUAGCUGCCCUCUACGAGAACACCAGCGUUCUCGAGAACCACCAUUGGCGCUCAGCGGUGGGUUGUCUGCUAGAGAGUGGUGUAGCCGAGCAGAUUCAGCAUAUCAGGCCGGAACUCGAGCGCCAGAUAAGCUCUCUAAUCCUUGCUACGGAUAUAACACGUCAGCAAGAGUUCCUCAACAAGUUCCGCAAUUUCCUCAAUACACAAACUCUGGACAUGAGGCAAGCAGAGCACCGUCACUUCAUUCUCCAGAUCGCCCUUAAAUGUGCCGACAUCUCUAAUCCCUGCAGGCCAUGGGACGUUAGCAAAAAGUGGAGUCAGAAAGUCUGUGAAGAAUUUUUCAGGCAGGGUGACUACGAGAGACAACUCAAUCUGCCUGUGACCUCACUCUGUGAUCGCUUUUCGACGACUGUGCCCAAAAUUCAAGUGGGUUUUUUCAAAUUCGUUGUGACACCUUUAUUCGAUGAAUGGCAUCGGUUUCUAAGCACAGAACUCUCCACCAAAAUGAUGCAUUUCCUCAAGUACAAUCAAGUUCAGUGGGAAAAUCGUGUUGCUGCUGAAUUGGCUGAGGAGACCAGAACAGAAAUUAGUGAUGCUGAACUCCUAGAAGAAGAAGAAGAAGAGGAAGAGGAAGAAGAAGAAGAAGCUGAUCGAAUAGAUGGAGCAAUGGCUAGAGCUGAAGAGGAAGAAGUAUGCGUUGAACUCUCAGACAGCAGUGAAGUGCUAAUCCCAACGACAACAGUUGUCAAACUCCCCCGACGAAGUUCUCUUCAGGUGCCCAGACUUACACACUCUCGUCAUGAUAGACGACAUUCAAUGCCUGUGAAUGCACCACGAAUCAUCCUGCCAUCGAAAGAUCAUGCAUCUGGAAGUACGAUUCAGGAAGAUGUGGAAAAUAGAUUUGAGGACAGUUUCUCCUUGCUUUCCUCAGACAGCGAUUCUGGACCAAGAGCUAGGUCUUCCGGGGAGAGUGUUCCGGAUCGUGAACGCCCUCUGAGUGCUGAAACUUUGGUACCAGAUCUCAGUAUCGCCACCAUGACGGACAGCAUCUGUGCCAAUCGCUUAAAUUUUGUAAUGCACGGCGGAAGUGUUGGAAAUACAAGCGCAUUGGCCCAUUCAGCCGCUUCUAAGCAAUUAAUACGGCAACAGACUUUCCCACCUUUGCAGCCCUAUGUCCGAACGAGGUAUAUGUCAACAACGGCUGAAUUGGGAGGAUGUGCAGAGGCUCUUGCUGAGAGUCGAUCAAGCUCGUCAGAGUCUCAAGGAGAUGAACAACGAGGGGUGCUGAUUAGUAAAAAGGAAGGUUUUAAGCGUCCUGAUCAGGAUUUUGCCCCUCAUGCCAGCAGUAAAAUGGCCAAGUUGGCAAUUGUGCCUGGCCAGAAGGAGAAUCUCGAUCCCACCAUUAUGCGGCGAACACUGAACCGACGUCGUGGAUCGGCACCAGUCGCUGCUGUUGGGGCAACAUCGCGUGCCCCUGACUCAGUUCCGCCGGUCAAAGAGCCCGUUCAACUGGUCAUCAGAUCAUGCGGAGACCACAUGGUUCGACGUGGCUCUAUGCCGGCAGAUGCCAUUAAGAUCACCACAGUCGACGUUGGUAGUCAAUCAGACAAUGGAUCCACCACCUCUGCCGUUCCCGCCACCUUCUCAUCAAUCCAACGGCGGAGUUCGAUGCCCUGUGAGAAUCUCGCUGCCCUAGGACGAUCCAAUGGCAAAUCGCGCAAUCGGAAAAAACUUCUGAGGCGACGCUCUUCUGGUGGAGCAGAGAUCCUCAGUCCAAUCCUCACGGAAGAAACCACUUCAAGCAGCAGUGGCUCCGCGUGGUUUCGCUUCAAACGCGACAUCACGCGGAGUCGAACAGACCAGGAUGCUCUUCUAUCGCGUCGUCGUGGUUCACUGCCCGUCGAAGUGCUUGCAGUGGGGUUGUCUGGUACAAUGCGCCACUGAAAAAGGAUCAUUUUGUAGAGAGGCAGAGCAACUUCGAAGGAGGAUAUAGAUAGUUAAAAAAAAAAAGCUCCAGUGCAGAUAUGCAAUUUUCGUGUUUGUCCAAGAGAUAUAUCAAUUAGUGUGGAGCGCUGAAAAGGACUCCACUUGUAUAUUUUAUUUUGCAGAAAAAGGGCUGGUCCCUUGGGACGAGACGGUGCAACCGUUUCGCUACAAAAAGCUUUGCAAUGCUAUAGUUUCACGUGCAAUUCCUCGAUGGAAUAUCCAAAAUGGAUAGAGGUAUAUAUAUAUAUUAAGUAACUUUCCCUUUUCAUCAUGUUUAUAGAAGUAAGUGGUUGAAAAUUCAUUAUGUAAAAAAAUUAUAGCUCUAUCACAUAAGUCAUUUUGGCGCCUUCAGCGACGAUUUCUAAAAUUUCAUGCAAUUUAUCAUAAAUGAAAUUUUUGAUCAUGAGAGAUUUUUCCACUAAAAAUCUUUCAAUUCUCUGCCAAAUUCUCAGUUUUCAAAGCACACAAUUUCUAAGAGAGAAAAAAAGUCGCUAGAAUGUGGGUGCACAAAGUAUUUUAAAAGUCAGAGACAUUUUGAAGAAAAAAAAUAAAUAUUACAUUUAGAAAUCAUUUUUCGGAAAAAGAACUUAUAGAAAGAAAAGGUGGACCGAAAAAAUUUCGUGAAAGACAAUCUUACUAAAAAACCACAAAAUUGUAAUUUAUAGAAAAAUCAAUGUUGAUUUUAAAAAGACGAUGAAGAUUUUCUUUCGUUUAGAAAGUAAUUUAAAGAAAAAAAAUGAAAGCUUUACGAAGCAAAAGUGAGAAAAAAAUUUGGUGUAAAUAAAAAAAAGAAUCUUCAUUGGGAGAGUGGAGAAGAAAAUAUUUUUAUCUUCAGCCUCCGACGAAAUGGGCAAAGAAAACCAGAGAGAUAUAUUUAAAAGAAAUAAUAAUAAAAAUUAAUGGAGAUAGUGUGAGAAAUUUUCUGAAACAGACACGCACGUCUCAAAAACGAUCUUUUCUCUUUCGCAAAAAAAAAAGAGAAACAGGAGUGCAAUGUGUUAAUAAAUUGAUUGUUAGGAAUAUAAUAAAAGGUAUGUGUGUGUUUUUUUGUAAAUAAAUUAAUUGAAUAACAAUUUGUGAAAAAAAUAGUGAGAACAACAAAUAAGACAUUGAUAGUCUGAGAAAAAAAUAGAAAUUAAUUUGAAAAUGUUGUACCUUUAUAAUAAGAAUUGUAAAUUAGGAAAAACAAGAUGUGAGAACAUGAAGCUAAAAUCUCCUUCGUCCCUGUUUCUUUUUUUUUUCAUUUAAUCAAUUAAAGUGCGAAAACAUACCUUGUACUAAUUAAAUCUCCCACCUUGUAUCUUCUUCCAUCACAAAUAUCUUUCUGCGUAAUUUUCAUUGCAAUUUAUGCUCAUAUCUUCCAUUUUAACUCAACAUCCCCUCGCUUUUUUUUUCCUUCCGUGAAUCAUUACAAUUUUCUUUGCAAUGUAAGAUAAAAUUCCAAAAACUUUUCUUUCAAGGAAAUAGUCCAAGUAGAAAAAUUCCAAAACACUCUUUAGGACGGUUGUGAAUUUUUCUCGAUAUUUUAUUUAAUGAUUACUUUGUUUAAAAAAAUGAAAUAUAAUUUGCCUUUAAAGAAAACUUUAAACUAUGGUAAAUGAAGAAACCUCGUUACUUUAAAACAUAUAGGUUUUUUUUAAACAGAUAGCAAAAUCAGAGAGAAAUUUCAUUAAAAAAAAUUCUAAAUUUAAAGCUUGAAUUUUAAAAUCUUUAAUUUUGGUUAAAUAAAUAACUCCAUUGAAUCAAGUUCAUUAGCGUAAAAAUGGCUUAAUGCAAGGUCAAUAAAAAAAUUAGAACUUUAGCAUUGGCACACAAAACAAACAACUUCCAUAUCUCCAAUAAAAUACGCCAAAACGAUUCUUAGUCUAUUUAGGAUCAUCGAAUAAAUAAUAGAAAUAUUCACUUAACGGAAAUUUUAUUUCUAAAUCCAAAUAUAACUAAAAAUUUAUACCGAUGAAAAAGAAGUUCUAAAUGCACCAGGUAGAUCUCAUGGAUUUAAAAAAAAAAAAAUUACCUUAUUCAUAUUUUUAAUGGCCAACGCACAAUAACUUUUGUUUAGUAAACAUGUUUUUGACAUUUCAAUGAGAGUGAGUGAGAUCUAGAUCUAGCCAUCUCGCUCAUUCCUAUAGAAAAUUUUGAAAACAUGGUUACAAAUAAAGGUUAUUAUGCUUUGGGCAUAACCCUGGAUAAAUCAGCUUGGAAAGAUUAUUAUUUCAACUUCUAAAGCUUUAUAUAGAAUUCUUUCAGUUUGUUGAUUUCAUCAGAAGAUCCAAAUUAAUUCUCUUAUGGCACACGAUCGAAACUUCGCAAGGAAACAAAUUUUUCGAUGAUUUUUUUAUUAGAAAAAAAAAGUGCCAAAUUGGUUUAUCGGGUUUAUCUAUACCAAGUUUAGCUACUAAGCUUGUGAAAGAAUUCCCGGGGAUCUUACUUGCUUCCUAGAGAAAUUUUUUUUAAUUGAGGCUGAAACCUAUUCCUUAAAAUCGAUCAUCUUGCCAAUGCCGAAUUUUGUUAAGAAGAGAUGUAGUGGAUGUAGCGUAUUGAAUUCCCUGAAUAAGCUCCACCCAAAACAAAAUCAAUAAGAAUAAUUACUAAAAUACGUUCUUCCCAGCACACCCACAGGUAGGCUAAAUUCGUAAGUGUGUCCAGGCAGCCAAAAUGCCAAAUUCUUUCUGUGCUUGGGAAAUUCGACCCUUUCAGGAUUUUGAACAUUCAGGAUUUUGGAUUUCAGGAUUUUAGUUUUCGGGAUUUUGGCUUUCGGGAUUUUGGCCCUUUCGGAAUUUUACGACUUAAGUCGUAAUUUAUUAACAUGAUAAGACAACAUUUCCGUCAAUUUCUUACUAAGUCUUCUCCCGGCUUAAGCCGAGAAACGGUUCAAUUAGUGGGAAAGUAAUGGGAAUUUUGUCUAAUCAUUAUUUUGAUUAUUAUUACGUUAAGCCAUCUCUCGGCUUAAGUCGUAAGUAUGUAUCCAACACUUUGGUUUAAAGUGCUAUGGAAAUUGUAUUAGGAACUGAACCUAACAUUUGUCCUCUUAAUAAAAAAGCCAAAAUAUGAUCCAUUGUUUUUUUUAGAUUUGUAAUAUGGAUAAUUGCUCGUUUGAUCUUUUCAAAAUUUUGAAACGGUCUUUUUGAGGUACUUUUUAACCAAAUUCGUCACAAACUUUCAAAUGGGUCCCCUACUUUCCCCUACACCGGUAAAUCUAACGUCUGAAGACCGCAUUAAUACUCGUAGAAUUGUGGCGUUAAGAACGCAACUAAUCUCUCUUUUAGCCGAGCUUCUAUUGAAUCAAAUCUUUAAGGUUUCCUUUCCUGAUCGAAGCGUUGAUUUCUUUCAAAGGAUCGAAUUGAGGAAACUUAGGGGAAAGUACUCUCCCUUCGAACGUUUAUGCUUUCGAAUAAUGUGAAUUUUCUUUUAUUUUUCCUAAGAGACUAACGCAUUUCUAUUAAAUAUUAGUUAGCUUUUUAUCAAUUAUUGAUAAUUACGUGAUAAUUAUGCGAAAGUCUCUUAGGAAAAUAAAAGAAAAUUAACAUUAUUCGAAGGCAUAAACGUUCGAAGGGAGAGUACUUUCCCCUACAAAAUAUAACUUUGGUAUUCUUUUGAAAAAUGGAUUAUUAUGGCUAAAACUUAGGUCUGAAACCCGUAUAAAAUUUAAUUUCUUGGACCGUUUUGUAGCGUUGUCUUAUUGAACUUUAAUACAAGGAAUAAUUUUAAAAUUUAAUAUAAUUUAAAAUUUUAAUUUUUAAUCUUAAUCUUACAACUUAAUCUAACUGAACUCAGUAGCGACAACACAAAAUUACUUAAAUUUUAAGUCGCUACUUAUCCCUCGAGGUCCUGUAUUUAAAUUUUGCAUAACGGUGUUUAGGGAUUGUUGUUAUGUCAUAAUAUAUAAAAAUUUAUAACUAUGUAUCCUGUGAAUGAUUGGCAUAUACAACCUGUGAAGGAGUUUUCCACCGUUUUCACUCCGGAGGUUGGUCAUCAACGCUAAGACGGCGGUGGCCGCAUAAACGCAAAGCAUAUAAUUACUUGAAAAGGACUCGAGUGUAAGCACAAUAAAUAAAUAAAUAAAUAAUAAAUAAUUCAUUUUUUCUAAAGAGACUAAACGUUGCGUUUGGGUGCAGCUUAUUUAGAAGAUUCAAAAGUAACACACAGAAUAAUAAAAAAAAGAGAAAAUUUAGUGAAAGAAUUCCUUUAAAGACCUGUAAAACCAACUAAGAAGCCUCAAAGGAAACAUUUCUUAUUUCGAAAUUAGAAAAAUAAGAACAAUCUUUUAAAAAAUAUGCUUCGUUCUUCGUAAACACAACCACCUUAACAACCAUCUUAUUAACAGAAUGAAUAAUCAAACCAAUUGUUUUAUUUUUUGUUAAACAAUUUGAAAUAAAUGAUACCAAAAUAUUUUUUGGUUUUUAAUUUGAUAUUGAGGAAAAUUGCGCAAUUUAUUUUAAUGACUUAUUGUGUUAUUUUUGCGAAAUCCACGUAAACAAACAAUUAAAAUGAUCAUGGUAAAUUUCACCCUGUGUUUUUUUUCUGCUUUCAUCCAAAAAAAAAGAAAAAUAAAUAUAUAAACUUAUUUAACACACAAACAUGCACUUUAGGAUAGCAAUUAGCAAUAAAUUAUACAUUUAUAUCCACGUGUGGAUAAAAAAUUCUGUCACAUCGCCAGAUACAUUCUAUUAAUAGUUAUUGUUAAUUAUAGUGGACAAAUUUUCCAAUUACAGGUUGUAUAUCCUCUUUCUACCAAUUUUCCAUAUUUCUUUCUUCUUUGUUUGGUUUUUUAGAUUCAACAGCACGAAUAUGGGUGUGUAUAAAAAAAAUAUAUAGAAUAAGCUUUAGGCAGAUAAAUUAUAUUGAAGUGAAAAGGGUUAGUGAUUAAAUUUGUCGGUAAAAUUUUUCAAUAUUUUCGUUCUCUUUUUUUAGUAAAUAGACUUAAUGUAGCACAUAAACCGAAAAAUACACACAUGCAUAAUGUAUUGGAGGGACAAAAUAGAAACUCAGCAGGAUGGUAAUAGUUAAUGGAAAUAUUGCUUAUGUUUAGAAUUUUCUUCUGAAAAAAAACGAGAAUAAAUAGUGAAGAAGAAAUAAUUUAGUAGAGAGCAAGUAAAAAGAAACACAACCAAAUUCAUAAAUAUAAUUCUCACAAAAUCUCCUCAGACGGUGGAAGGUAUUUAAAAUUAGAAUAUUUUGAGUGUUCUUGUGACCAAAAAAACAUAACAGAAUUAAAAUAAAAAAUAAACAUACACGAAUUAUAGUAUGAAAAUUGUAAAUAAGUCUUUAAAUAAUCACCGAUUUUCACACAAAAUUAAAGAUCAUCUAGUAAAAGAAGCAUUAUUAAAAAGAAAAGAAAGAAAAAACAAGAAACUUAAGAGAAUCAUUAAAUGGUGGUUAAUAACAGAUAAAUUUUAAAAAAAUGUGUAAAAAUAAUUUUUAAUAAUCAUACAUUAGACGAUAGUGAAACUGAGACAUAUUUAAAAAAGUUUAGAAAACAUUUUAUUUAAUAGUUUUGAAAGGGCGAAAAAAAUUGGUGAAUAAAACUAAAUGAAUUUUUUUUGUGGUAACAAAAAAGAAAACCUAUAUCUAACAAUUAAAAUAAAAAGAAAAGAUAGAGUACUAGAAAAUUGUGUGGCAUGAGAAUAAAAAAAGGCAACAAUUAAUAUUUAAAAGUAAUUAUUCAGAAAAAAAAUAAAGAAAAUAAUGUGGUAAAUAUUUAAGAAACAAAAAAAAACAAAAAGAUUUUUUGAAAACCAGCAGGUCUGGUAUUUUCACAAGAUUGUUUUAUAAAGAAGGAAAAUUAGAAAAUAUUUAAUUUAAUACUACAAUAAAUAUUCUAGUGGAUACUAUUUUAAUUAUAAUACUUAAAAAAAAAACACACAGAAAAAAAUUUAAAAAAUAGAAGGAACAAGAGUGAAAAAUAUUGAAUAAAAAAUAAUUUAUGUAACAAGAAUAUAAAUAUAAGAUAUAAAAAGUGAGCAAGUAAUAAUUUAAAACACAGACAUACACAACAGAGAUAUCAUAAACGAAAAUUUAAAAAAAACACAGAUUGAAAAA